GUUUUGUGGUGGUGAUAACCAAACGACAGUUGCGAGAUUACCAAAACACGUCAAAAGUCACCGUCCCCGAAAUUUGUUUUAGUUUUUAUUUUUAUUCAAUUGGAGAAUCCAGUGUGAUUCAAGUAUCAAGUAUUGUACCCGAUUCUACUGUGUACCAGAACAAUUCGUUUAGUCCUUUAAAAAAAUAUAUAACCGUCUGAGGACAAAACUAAAAAACUUAGGAGGAAUCCUGCAGUUGAAGAAAUUUACCGUGAUAGAUAAACACGAGGAUGGUGGACUACAGCAAGUGGAAAAACAUUGAGAUAUCAGAUGAUGAAGAUGAGACACAUCCAAAUAUUGACACACCAUCAUUAUUCCGUUGGAGACACCAGGCCAGAAUUGAGCGGAUGGAAGAGUGGAAAAAGCAACUGGAAGAACAUGAGAAGAAGAAAACAGCACACGUCAAAAAAGAAAAUGAAGUAAAAGCUAAAAUAUCGGAAGCAGAAAAAGCAGGCUCCAGUGACUUAGAAGUUUUAAAACUACAGCUGAUUGAACUUGAGAAAAAGUGGAAAGAGCUGGAAGCAGAGGAAGAAGAGAUCAAAAAGAAAGAAAAGUUGACACCAUGGAACGUGGAUACAAUCAGUCAGCCAGGUUUCGCAAAGACGGUGAUAAACAAAAAACCCACCAAACCGAAAGAAGAAAAUUUGAGCGAGGAAGAGCGCGAGAAGAGAAUGAAAAAGUUCAUCAAAGAAAACGAGAAGGACCUUAAACAUUUUGGAAUGCUGCGGAAAUAUGACGAUUCGAGGCAGUUCCUUAAACAACACCAAAACCUGGUUUGUGAAGAUACGGCAAAUUAUCUCGUUAUAUGGUGCAUAAACCUGGAAAUGGAAGAGAAACACGAGUUGAUGGAGCACGUGGCCCAUCAGACUAUCUGCAUGCAGUACAUCUUGGAAUUGGCCAAACAACUGGACUACGAUCCGAGAGCGUGUGUCGACGCUUUCUUUACGAAAAUCCAAGUAGCUGAGCCAGAGUACAAAAAAUCCUUCGAGGAUGAACUGGAACAGUUUAAACAAAGGAUAAGGAAGCGGGCGGCUGAAAAAAUCGAGGAAGCCGUUAAGGAAAUGGAAGAGGAAGAGAAAAAGAACCGUCUGGGGCCAGGUGGACUUGAUCCUGUUGAAGUUUUUGAAACUCUUCCCGAUGAAUUGAAAAAAUGUUUCGAGUCACAAGAUGUCCAGCUUCUCCAAGAUACCAUAGAUAAGAUGGACGUAAACGAAGCCAAAUACCACAUUAAGCGCUGUGUAGACUCUGGUCUGUGGGUGCCAGAUGCACACAAAAAGACGAGCGAUGAAGCGGGAGAUGCGGGAGCGUCUACAGCAGAAGACGAGCCAGAAAAAACGGCUGAGUCACAGAAAGCAGAGUCAUGAACUGCUAUCGCCUCGCAAGAUGAAAUUCGAGAUGUGUGUUAUUCUUCUAUUAAUGUUAGUCCGACCAUCUUGAGCUCGGUUGAUAAAUAAUUAUAACAAAAUGCCAGGUGUAUAUUCUUCUUAAUAUUUAGUCUGUCACUGAAAAUAAAAUGUUUUCAGACUUGUAGGAUGUUUUCGAAAAUGUAUGGUGUCAUCAUUUUUACAAGAGAUAAGUGUUUUGAAGGAUGUACUCGCAGGUGUGCGAUGUUUUUGUAAACUAAAUUCAAACCGAGUGGUAUAUCUUCUACAACUCCGAUUAUAUGUUAAAAUUUUUAAUUUUUAAAUAUAUGAUUUUUCAGAUUCA